UUUUUUUUCUCUCUCUUUUGAUUCCACUGCUCGUCGAGGUCCGGUUAUUUGUGUGAGCAACAGGGAAUCCUGUUCCUUUUUUCCCCCUAGAAUCUAUUUGUGGAAGUUAAAAACCAUUACCUCAAGGAACACUUGCAAAGAAACAAACAAGGUCUAAGUUAAAACACCUGUGUGCGCUCACCUUUGGACUGGCACCAUGCAGAGACUGCAAGCUCUUAAGGAAACUUUCUUUGGCUUGGAUGUGGUCCAGCAGCAGAUUCUGUCUGCUGUGGUGGUAGUUGGACUACUGGCAUACCUGAUGUCCAGAAGCAGAAAGCAAAAAGUGAAAACUAUUCCACUUGGUGAGGGAUGGUGGGGAGCAGGAGAGAAGCCGCUGUCAGAGGACCAGAAAAUCUACCCUUUUACAGUCCAAACCUCAGACAAAGAGAUUGAGGACCUCUAUGAGCGCAUUGACAGAACCCGCUACACAGAUCCUUUAGAAGACAGCCGCUUCCAUUACGGCUUCAAUUCCACUCAUCUCAAGAAAGUGGUUUCCUAUUGGAGGCAUGAGUUUGACUGGAAAAAGCAGGUGGCAGUGCUUAACCAGUAUCCACACUUCAAAACCAGAAUCGAAGGACUGGAUAUUCACUUCAUCCACGUUCGGCCACCACACCGUGAGAAUCAGAAGGUUCUGCCUUUAAUGAUGGUUCACGGCUGGCCUGGCUCCUUCUAUGAGUUCUACAAGAUUCUGCCCCUUCUCACACAGAACCAUGAUGGUAUUGCUUUUGAGGUCAUAUGCCCAUCUAUCCCUGGCUACGGUUACUCAGAAGCCUCUCACAAACAAGGUUUUGACAGUUUUGCUGCUGCCCGAAUCUUCCUGACUCUGAUGGAGCGUUUGGGGUUCUCCCAGUUCUAUCUGCAGGGAGGAGACUGGGGCUCGCUCAUCACUACCAACAUGUCACAGAUGAAGCCUCACUGUGUGAAAGGUCUCCACCUAAAUGUGUGCAUGCCAGCAAGAGGUUUUAAAAUGCUCUUGUCCCUCAUGAUCGGCCCUUAUCUGCCCUUCCUGGUUGGCUUUAGUCGAGAAGAUGUUCGCCGGUUGUUCCCUUACUUUGAGAAGAAUGUGUACAGUAUCCUGAGGGAAUCUGGCUACAUGCACAUUCAGGCCACUAAACCAGACACUGCAGGCUGUGGAGUGAAUGACUCUCCUGUAGGCUUGGCAGCUUACAUUCUGGAAAAGUUCUCCUCCUGGACUGACAUGAAGAACAGAGAUCUGGUGGAUGGUGGGCUGGAGAGAAAAUUCAGCCUGGAUGACCUCCUGACAAAUGUCAUGAUCUACUGGACCACAGGCUCCAUAAUAUCCUCCAUGCGCUUCUACAAAGAGAACUUCCAGACUGAUAUUACCAGCAGAGUGGAUGCAAAGACCGGGAUAUUUGUCCCCACUGGCCUGGCUGCCUUCCCUGAUGAGCUGAUGCAUACUCCUAAAUCAUGGGCACAAAUGAGGUAUCGAAACAUCCGCUCCUACACUUUUAUGCCUCGAGGUGGUCACUUUCCUGCCUUUGAAGAACCCCAGCUUCUAGCCAACGACAUUGUCCAAUUUGUCAAGAAAGUGGAGAAGUUCUAAACCCUCUGAUGUUCUCUCAGACCACUGCAAUUACUGUGUUUUUUAAAAUGUUUUAUUGAUUAUUCCAAAUAGAACGCAUACAAAUUCUUGUUACUCUGAUUUUUUUGCAGUCCACACUGUAAUGCACCUUACUGAGUGAUUUGCUACAUGAUUGAAAUCACUUGCAGAUUUUAAUGAAUGUAAACAUUUGCACACAUGAUACUGGCAGCCAAAUGUGCCCCUGGAAUGAAUUAAAGAAAGCAAUACAUUUCAUUAAACCUUGAAGCUGUGCUCUUUUAAAAAUA